UGUAAAAAAUUGAAAAGCCACUUCGCCUACAAUGUUUUUACAGUCCACAGUAAUUAAUUAAUUCAUUGGUACAUUAAUUAAUUAAUUAAUUAAUUCAUUCAUUCAUACAAUUUGCGGGACUAUGCUACACUCUUCCAUCGAUCGAAUGUUUUACUGCUGUGGAAUGUUACUCACGUUCUUAUCGAACUGUCCCGUUCUAUGACGUCACAGUAAUUGGAAUUGAAUUUGGAAGCCUCUGAAUUUUGUUCGCUGAGAAUCCUGAGUGCAAAAGGCUUCAUUCAGUUCAGUGGAAGUUUUAUUGGUGAAUCACGGUUCAGUCUUCAAACUCAGUCACCAUGUCUGAUACCAAGAUGUAUUACAGCAGACCAACUCUUAUUUCCAAUUGGCAUAAAAACAGAGAGGCCGAACCCAAAGACUAUGACUUCACUCUGUGUCCAGAUGGAAAGAAGAAACUCAGUAAAUCUACCUACAAACACUUUGGAACCUACAUGGAUGCUGAUUGGAGCACAAGCACAGAAACACAAAUGUCACAGUAUCUACUGAAGAGAGAUUAUGAGCCCAAGAAGAUUCUCAAGUUUAUGGUAGAGGCUGACCACUUCCAGUCUGCAGACUUUGACAAACGUACCGUCAGAGACACAGCAGGACAUGUGACCGGUGUGACCAAUAGCAUCCUGCCACAUCAUCGCCCCGGGCAUGACAAGAUGAAGUUGGACUCCACAUAUGCAGUGGAUUACCUGCCCCCAUGGGACUCCAGCAAAGAGGCGAGGACCAUGAAGGGCCGACCAGCAGACAGCAUUCCUGACUACAGGAAGCCCCAGUCCCAGUUCACAGACACCGCCGACUACCGUCGCGGGGGAAGGAACACCUGGCAGGAUGAGAGCGGGGUCUAUGGUACACUGGGGGCCACAUCCAGGGCCCAGGCUCAGCCAUCCAACCCUAUCUGCCCCUAGAACCCUCACCCUCCCUGGGGAACCACCACAGCAUGGCCUCCUUAACCUGGUUCUCACUGACCAAGACUAUUCUUCUCACUACAGACUUUACUGUAGCAACUUUUUACCUCAGUAUUUCUCUGUCUUUCACCUCGAGCUAUUGCUGUUUUGUCAUCGUUACAUGAAUAAAGCAAGUAUUGCAUGUCCAACAUUUAUGUUUUCCUACAACAGUGUUUCAUAGGAGUGGUGUCAGUGGAAAUGGAUACACUGCUGUGCUCAGUAUUGGUGUUGCAUCCCUCAGUGUUCAGUCUUUUAGCAUCUGGUGUCUCUCUGUGAGGUUUAUAAUAUGUAUCUCCUGUGUUUUCCCCUCCCAUCUCCCAGGGCUAGGGUCGUCCAGUCAUUUAUAAUGUGUAUCUCCCAGGGCUAGGGUCGUCCAGUCAUUUAUAAUGUGUAUCUCCCAGGGCUAGGGUCGUCCAGUCAUUUAUAAUGUGUAUCUCCCAGGGCUAGGGUCAUCCAGUCAUUUAUAAUGUGUAUCUCCCAGGGCUAGGGUCGUCCAGUCAUUUAUAAUGUGUAUCUCCCAGGGCUAGGGUCGUCCAGUCAUUUAUAAUGUGUAUCUCCCAGGGCUAGGGUCGUCCAGUCAUUUAUAAUGUGUAUCUCCCAGUGCCAGGGUCGUCCAGUCAUUUAUAAUGUGUAUCUCCCAGGGCUAGGGUCGUCCAGUCAUUUAUAAUGUGUAUCUCCCAGGGCUAGGGUCGUCCAGUCAUUUAUAAUGUGUAUCUCCCAGGGCUAGGGUCGUCCAGUCAUUUAUAAUGUGUAUCUCCCAGUGCCAGGGUCGUCCAGUCAUUUAUAAUGUGUAUCUCCCAGGGCUAGGGUCGUCCAGUCAUUUAUAAUGUGUAUCUCCCAGGGCUAGGGUCGUCCAGUCAUUUAUAAUGUGUAUC